AUGCCUGCAGGUGAGAGUGAAGUGAAGGCAAAGACCAAGGCCCGAUUUGAUGAGGUUUUAAGGAGAUACCAAAACACACCCUCAGAAAAAAAGAAACCUAAACAAAAGGGUGAUCAGCUUCAGGAAAAUAUAGUGCUUCAGACAUUGAGUCAAAAACUCGACCUAAGCAAGGACACAGAGGAUGAUGAGACCGUCAUCAAUAACACAUAUGACCCCGCGGAAGGUAGCCCGAGAUACACAAAGAACAGGCGUAGGGAGAGGGAGGUAUCUGAGAAGGCCAACAUCAACAAUAACGGGAACCAGGAGAAGCCCCCACUGAUUAGUGGGAAGAAAAAAAGCAGAAGGGAGCUACCACCGGUACCCAGCCAGGAUGAGCAGAGGUCUGAAACAAAGGUCACCAUUGAGCCAGAAGGAGAACAAGGGAGAAAAGUUAAGAGGGGGAAGAAUAAAGGAGAGGGUGUGAAGACACAGAGAGGAGAAGUAGAAGGAGAGGACGACCUAAUCAAGGAGUAUCAGCAACAACUCACACAAGAGGAAGAGAAAGCUUUGAAGAAAGCAGCCCAUAAGAACACAGAGAGCAGUGAUGCUGGGAGUCAGGAGGUAGUUGUGCUGAACAAUGAGGUUGGGAAGAAAAAGAAGAAGAAACUGAGACAAAGUGAGGAUAACAGAGACACAAGUCAGUAUGAAACAUCAGUCGAUGGAGGGAAGUCAAAAGAAGAUGUUGUUGAGGAGGGCCAUGAAGAUUCCCUCCGACCUAAAGGGAAAAAGAAAAAGAAAAGAAAAGAAGCGGUGGUAGAGGAGAGUCAGACAGAGACUGAAGCCCCUCCUAAGCAGGCCUUUGAUGACAGUCUUGUGCUGGGAGUGUACAUCCACAGGACAGACCGACUGAAAACAGACCUCCUUGUCUCCCACCCCAUGGUCAAAGUGCAUGUCGUUGAUGAGAUCACUGGACAGUAUGUCAAAAAGGAAGACAGCCACCGUCCAGUCUCCUCCUUUUACGAACAGGAGAACGUUGAUCACAUCCUUCCCAUUAUAACGCAACCAUUUGACUUUAAGAAGAAUAAAUCAACAGUCCCAGAGUGGGAGGAGCAGAUCAUUUUCAACGAGCGCUUCGGCUAUUUCCUUCAAGAUGAUCACGAGAGUCCGCGGGUUAUCCUCUUUUUUGAGAUUCUAGACUUCAUUAGCAUGGAAGAAGCAAGAGCCAAUGUUGAUGUCGACAGACAUGAGCGAGGAUUCCGUAAAGUAGCCUGGGCUUUUUUGAAGUUGGUAGGAACCAACGGGGUGCUAAACAUUGACAGUAAACUGCGUCUCCAGCUGUACUGCCCUCCUCCUCGAGCAAAGAAGGUUCCCCAGGCCAUCGAGGUGUUUGAGUGGUGGCGGAAGUACCCCAGAAACAGAUACGCUUCUACUCUUUACAUCACCGUCAAAGGACUCAAACUACCAGAACAUGUGGACCCCAGUGUUCGCUCAAUGAUGGCUCUGCAGCAGGAAAGAGGCAGCACCUCAUUUAGUGAGCUCCACAGCGAGGUCACCAAGAAGACCACCACCCAGCUACUGGAAAGCAAGUCUGAUGUUGUUAAGUGGGGCAGACUGCCCGGACAGGUCUGUCGCAUCCCUAACAAGCCGAUGCUGUCGUUCCGCGGCGGUCAGAUGGGUUGUUUCACGCUACGUUUUUCUCACAGUGGGAGAAUCCUGGCUACUGCCUGUGCUGACAGGGAUGCUUUCCCUAUUGUAGUGUAUGAGAUUCCUUCAGGAAAGGUUCUGUCCUCUUUUAAUGGCCAUCUCAACAUAGUGUAUGAUCUCUGCUGGUCCAGAGAUGAUCACAGUCUCUUAUCGGCUUCGUCUGAUGGCACAGUCAGAGUGUGGAACUUUGAGAGAUCACAGGGCAUUGCUCAGAAGAUCCUGCCACACCCUUCGUUUGUGUACUGCUCCCAGUACCACCCGCACGCUCAGAACCUGGUGGUAACAGGCGGCUAUGACAGCCUGGUGCGCGUGUGGGAUUUGGAUGUACGAGACAUAAAUGGUCAACUCCUCCAGGAGUUUGAGGGUCACAAGACUUUCAUCAACACACUGUGUUUUGAUUUAGAAGGUCUAAGGAUGUUUUCUGCAGACAAUGCUGGGCUGAUUAUAGUAUGGAGCACUGUGGUGGAAGAUGGCUCCCGCCAAAGGCCAACUCGUCUCUGGAACAUUGAGAAAGAAAUAAAGGAAGGUGACCUAAAUGGGAUUCCCAUCAAUUCUCUGGAGGUUCAUCCAAACGGGCGGCGUCUGCUUAUCCAUGCCAAAGACAGCAUUCUGAGAGUUAUGGAUCUGAGAAUUCAAGCAGUCAAGAAAUACACCGGUGCCACAAACUACAGGGAGAGGAUUCAAAGCACUUUUACUCCAUGUGGAAGUUUCAUCUUCUCAGGCAGUGAGGAUGGUCUGGCCUAUGUGUGGAAUACAGAGACUGGUGAUCAGGUCGCAGUGUACUCUGAGCUGUGUUACCCAACAGCUCUCCGAGGUGUAGCGUUUCAUCCCCAUGACAAUAUAGUGGCUUUCUCUGCGUUUGGACAGAAUCAACCAAUUCAUCUCUAUCACUUUGACCGCAAAGUUGCUCAGUUGGAGGUGGAGAGUUUGAGAGGUCUGAGCAGGUCUGAAACAGUCGAGAGUAAAACAGGCAGGAACACAUCAGACCUCCUGGCCUUCCAGGACCCCACUGCCUCUGGCAUGGAUCGCUUUGCCAGCGCAGCACGCGUGUCGCUCAAGAUGCAACGAGUCAAACAAAAACUGGACUCAGUACUGGACUCCAGUCAUAAGGUGUCUGGCAUGGAAUACCCAUAUGAGCAAAGCAGCAUGUCUCAGCUGGUCAGGAGCUUCAACCAAGAGGGCUUGAACACAUCUCUUCCCCCGCCUUCCUUGCUGUCCCCUCACUCGAAGAUACAGCUCUCUCUAGGAACCCAGCUGAUUCCUCAGGCAACGUUAUCCUCACAAACCUCUAGUUUUAGUCCUAUUGGUCAAUCAUUUAAAAGAGCUCCAUCUCUGAAACUUCAAAAGAGUUUUCUGGAUCAAGAUCCUGCCCUACAAGUGGAAGCUGACUCUUUUGUUCAAAUACAACAAACGGUUGUGUCCCUUUACGACUACAGUGCCAAUCGAUCUGAUGAACUGACAAUCCGCCGUGGUGAUGUCAUUCAUGUGUUGUACAAAGACAAUGACAACUGGUGGUUUGGGCGUCUAGCCAGUGGCCAGGAAGGUUACUUCCCUGCUACCUACGUGGCUGAUGAGAGAGAUUUCGAUAACGAGCUGUCACAUGCUAUAGAAGCUCAGCCUGCAACAUCAGAGCAGAUGAGUCGUUCAGUUGAUGUGUCAACACCAACUAAGAUGUCUGCUGUUGUCAGUGCCUCUGGGGAACUGAAGAUCAUCUCUGAGCAGGACACAGAUCCUGAAGCACCCACCACCAGGGUAAAAAAGAAGAAGAAAAAGGUAAGGAGAAGUGAGAUCCCGCCUGACCUGCCUCAGACUCCAACUUCAGAUGCUGAAAUUCCCGUAGCAUCUGCCAGGAGACGGCGACCUCUGCCACGGCUCGAGAAAACGAUUGAUCACUCUGAUUCAGGCACCCAUAUGGAAGGUCCAGACUAG